GCACAUGAGACUAUACACUCUCUGUAGUCUUAUCUAUAUGGUGAAAUGCCAAAUUUAUAACCGCCUUGCGCAUAUUAAUUUUGUCCUCUCGUCUCCAAACUCAUUCAGUGUCAAGCGGGUCCGGCGAGGAAGGUUCUUCUUGCUCUUUGCUGGUGAAAAGCCACAGUGAAGGACUUCUCACAAUGGAAAAAGGAUACCCUGGACAAGAAUCAGCUCCACCCUACCCUGGCCCACCCAUGACCUACGGGGGUCCAGCGCCCCCGCCUGUGUUGUACCCGUCCCCUAAUGCAGGACCCCCACCGAUUGGAUACCAAGGAGGUCCGACGACCACAGUGACACAGAUGGUGGUAACACCUGCCCUGCAAGAUACCGCUGGACAAGCCCUGUGCUCCCACUGUCAGCGGACUGUGGUCACCCGGACAGAGCACAAAUCAGGCUUGUUGGCCUGGGCCAUCUGCGGAGGCCUCACCAUCUUUGGAUGUUGGCUCUGCUGCUGUAUACCAUUCUGUCUGGACUCCUGCCAGGAUGUGGAGCAUCACUGUCCAUCCUGCCAAAACCUCAUCUACGUUUACAAGCGACUUUAAGUCGCCCCGGAUCGGGGAUUGGAUGCUGAUGACGGCAUUUCCAGCAGAGAAUGAAUUUGACAGAGUAAACCUUGCAAAAGCUCAGAUCUUCUGUGCAUUGUGAUGUGUGAAUGUUGCAUGGCAGAUGACAAGAAUACAUUAUUGAUCAGUCAGUGGAAGAAAAUGAAACAUGUAAGUGAAGAAUAAUCAUUCGAUGAUAAUGUGCAUUGUCUCUCUGGAAGACUACUUUCACAAUGCUAUCAUGUUGUAAAAACUGAAAUAAACACACACGUGAUUAUAAUUUACAAAUGCU